ACGAACGCGUCCCCCACUUCACACAGAAAUCUGGACCCAGUGCGACAAAAGGUCUACCGAACUGGAUUGGUUAAUGUUUGACGAAACGGCAUAUAUGUACAAAGGUGAAAUAAACAUUAGACUACAUCUGUAAUGACAUGAUUUGUGUGUGAGAUGGUGGUCUAGUGGGUUAAACCACUGAACUGGUAAAUCAAGACACUUUACUCCACGUCGCUCCAGGGGGAUUGUCCCUAAGCUGCUGGUCUGAGAGGAGAACAUAAAACUGAACAGACAUGAAGUCUGCCGAAGUUGAAAACAUUGAAGAAUUAAAUAGUUUGUCUAUUGAUUCCAGUCGGAUUGAAGUGUACUUGACAAAGCUUAAACAAAAAGCAAAGGCAGAAGCAAGCAUUGGACACUUGGAUUUGUCUAAACCUUUUUUGAUACAGUUUCUGAGGGCGAGAGACUUUGAUGUUGAACUGGCGCUCAAGCUGUUGGUUAACUAUCACAAAUGGAGACAAGAAUGUCCUGAAAUUACUGCUUAUCUGCGCCCAUCCUCCGUCAUAGGACUUCUCCAAAACAAUUACCAUGGAGUUCUGAAAUCACGAGAUGACGCUGGAAGCCGAGUUUUAAUCUACAGGAUUGGUCAGUGGAACACCAAAGAAUUUACAGCUUAUGAUGUUUUUCGUGUGAGCCUCAUAACAUCAGAGUUGAUUGUUCAAGAAUGCGAGACUCAAAAAAAUGGACUUAAAGUUAUAUUCGAUCUCCAAGGGUGGUGCUUUUCUCAUGCUCUGCAGAUCACUCCUUCUUUGGCAAAAAAGAUAUCAUCUGUGCUUACAGACUCCUUUCCUUUGAAAGUCCGUGGCAUCCAUUUGAUAAAUGAGCCCAUUUUUUUCCGUCCGGUCUUUGCCAUGAUUAGCCUAUUCCUGCCAGACAAAAUGAAAAAACGGAUUCAUAUGCAUGGUAGUUCAUAUGCCCAGAGUCUCUGGGGUUUUUUUCCGAAAGCUAUCCUCCCUCCUGAGUAUGGUGGCACAGGACCCUGCAUAGAUGAAGUGUGUCAAGAAUGGACUGAGUACAUUGUGGAGUCUGAAGACUAUCUACAAAAGGUCUCAGACUUUGGUGGAGGAGAUACUUCACAAUGUUCUGCCCACGAAUGAUUACAACAAAGGCACUUAUUGUUUUUGUAAACAGUUCACUUAAUAUUGGUGAAAUUUAUCACCCUAUUUCUAGGACUGAAUGGGGCAGCUUUUAAAAGUGUUUUAUAUUCCAGACUGGAAAGGCCAAAAGUGACAUUCCCGCAGUUACUUAUUUUAACGGAAUCAUACGUUUGCAUAAUUUUAUUGAACUGUAUAUCUUAUAUCUUAUCUUAUACGUGUUUGAGAAAUUGACUGUUUUACAUUUCUGUACAUUGUCGUAAUAAAGAAUAGCUACACAGACACAAUGUGUGGCUCAAAUAAACAACCAGAAAA